GACAAUAACCCUCCCGCUGCAACAAAACUUGAAAUAAUUUGGUAAAAUGCGCCAAAGAUUGACAUUAUUCGGAUUUUAAGUGCUCAUUAAAGUGUGUCAGCUUGCAUAAAACUAUUCACCAACUUAGAAUGUCAAAUAAAAAUCCCGGUGUGCGCGUUAGAGUCUGAUAUUUUUUACCGAGCGGGUCGGCGUCGCCAUGUUUACUUUGGGUGACUCUCUUCCAUUUUCCUCCGCCUCUGGUUGUCAAGAAGAUGGCAGCUUCCAGGCAGGCAUGAGAGCAAAUACUUCUCUACAAACCGAAUGAAUUUGAAUUACUGACACAAGAUAAGAGCACACAACCGUGUUUUUGCAUCUACCGCAUCGGAUAAAAAGUCAUGUCUGCCCCUGGCUCCGCAGUGACCGGGACCACUGCGUCGGUUCUGCAGCCGCGAUGGAAAAGGGUCCUCGGGUGGUCCGGUCCGGUUCCCCGGCCAAGACAUGGACACAGAGCUGUGGCCAUAAAGGAGCUUAUGGUCGUUUUUGGCGGUGGAAACGAAGGAAUAGUUGAUGAGCUACAUGUAUACAACACAGCAACAAACCAGUGGUUUAUCCCAGCGGUCCGUGGUGAUAUUCCCCCUGGUUGUGCUGCCUAUGGUUUUGUGUGCGAUGGAACAAGGUUGCUGGUAUUUGGUGGAAUGGUGGAAUAUGGAAAAUACAGCAACGAUCUCUAUGAACUACAGGCCAGCAGAUGGGAAUGGAAAAAACUGAAAGCAAAAAAUCCCAAAAAUGGCCCCCCUCCUUGUCCUCGUCUCGGUCACAGCUUCUCACUGGUUGGUAACAAAUGCUACCUGUUUGGUGGACUGGCCAAUGACAGCGAAGAUCCAAAAAACAACAUUCCCAGAUACCUGAAUGAUUUGUACACGCUCGAGCUUCGUCCGGGUUCCAGCGUGGUUGGAUGGGAUAUUCCGAUCACAUAUGGAGUUCUCCCACCUCCUCGUGAGAGUCACACCGCUGUGGUGUACACAGAGAAGACAUCCAGGAAAUCUCGUUUGAUAAUCUAUGGAGGAAUGAGUGGUUGUCGUCUCGGGGAUCUAUGGACACUCGAUAUUGAUACCCUGACAUGGAACAAACCAACAGUAGGGGGCACAGCACCACUUCCACGAAGUCUUCACUCUGCCACUACAAUCACAAACAAGAUGUAUGUUUUCGGAGGAUGGGUUCCUUUGGUGAUGGAUGAUGUUAAAGUGGCAACACACGAGAAAGAGUGGAAAUGCACAAACACUCUUGCGUGCCUGAAUCUUGACUCCAUGUAUUGGGAAACAGUGUUGAUGGAUACUCUCGAAGACAACAUCCCCAGGGCCCGCGCUGGCCACUGUGCCGUGGCCAUCAACUCCAGACUCUAUGUAUGGAGUGGCCGUGACGGUUAUCGUAAAGCAUGGAAUAACCAAGUCUGUUGUAAAGACCUUUGGUACCUGGAAACAGAGCGGCCACACUCUCCUGCCAGGGUACAGCUAGUCCGUGCCAACACAAACUCCCUGGAAGUGAGCUGGGGUGCAGUUUCUACGGCUGACACAUACUUGCUGCAGCUGCAGAAGUACGACAUUCCUGCAACCCCAGCAGCAGCCUCCCCAGCCACGAGCGCAACCCCAUCACAGCCCAUUAACUCUCCAAAGAGUCCUGCUCCUGCUGCUGCAGCACCCUCUGCUCAGAGUUUACCACAGACAGCUGUUUUAAAGGUUGCAGCUCAACAAUCAGCCACCGGUGCAUCUGUUGUCACAGUUCGUCCCAGCCAGCCCGGGAAAUCCCCCGUCACUGUGACCUCUCUUCCUCCAGGUGUUCGGAUGGUUGUGCCUACCCAAAACACCCAGGGAUCGCCAAUUGGAAGUAGUCCUCAGAUGAGUGGCAUGGCAGCUUUAGCUGCUGCAGCUGCAGCGACGCAGAAGAUCCCRCCCUCUUCUGCAGGCACUGUCCUCGGUGUUCCUGCCGGUGCCACUAUCCUCAAAACAGUYGCCGUUUCCCCCGGCACAACCACAGUGAAAGUGGCCUCUCCCGUCAUGGUCAGUAACCCGGCCACCCGGAUGUUGAAGACAGCAGCGGCCCAGGUGGGCACAGCAACCGCGUCCUCUCCCACCACCACCAGACCCAUCAUCACUGUGCACAAGUCUGGUGCCGUCACAGUGGCUCAGCAGGCACAGGUGGUGACUACUGUAGUGGGAGGAGUCACAAAGACCAUCACCCUGGUCAAGAGUCCGCUCACUAUGGGCAGCAGUGGCACCCUGAUCUCCAACCUUGGCAAGAUGAUGUCUGUGGUACAAACCAAGCCAGUGCAGACAUCAGCUGUCACAGGCCAGGCUUCCACUAACCCUCUCACACAGAUCAUACAGACUAAGGGUCCCCUCCCAGCUGGCACCAUCCUGAAGCUGGUGACCUCUGCAGAUGGAAAACCCACAACAAUCAUCACAACGUCCCAGGCAGGAGGCACAGGAAAUAAGCCCACAAUUCUCAACAUAAGUGGGGUCUCCCCUACUACUACGAAGCAGGGCACUACCAUCAUUAAGACCAUCCCAAUGUCGGCUAUCAUGACCCAACCUGGAGCAACAGGUGUAACCAGCAGUGCAGGUAUGAAAACUCCCAUUACAAUCCUUACCACAAAGGUAAUGACUACUGGAACUCCUGGUAAAAUCAUCACUGCAGUGCCCAAACUCACCACGGCUGCCGGGCAGCAGGGACUGACACAGGUGGUAUUAAAGGGUGCUCCCGGACAGCCUGGCACUAUACUGCGCACUGUGCCCAUGAGCACAGURGGUGGUGUUCGUCUUGUUACUCCAGUAACGGUGUCAGCUGUUAAACCCACCGUCACCACUCUGGUUGUGAAGGGGACUACUGGAGUCACCACUCUCGGUACAGUCACUGGCACCGUGUCCACUGCCUUGGCAGGGGGGGCCGCAGACAGCUCCAGCGCCUCUCUGGUGACUCCCAUCACCACACUGGGAACCAUCGCCACGCUGUCCAGCCAGGUCAUCAACCCAACUGCCAUAACCGUGUCAGCUGCCCAGACGAGCCUGGCUUCUACUGCCUCACUUUCCUCACCUACUAUGACAGUGCAGAACCAGCCCACACAGGUUACUCUGAUCACAACUCCCAGUGGUGUAGAAGCCCAACCAGUUCAGGAUCUUCCUGUGUCCAUCCUGGCUUCACCGACUUCUGAGCAGCCCAGCUCCACUGAAGCUGGAACAACCGGAGACGGCUCUGGGACUGUAACCCUGGUCUGCUCCAACCCGCCUUGCGAGACCCACGAAACGGGGACAACUAACACAGCCACCACCUCCUCAGCUACAAUCGGAGCAGGACAGGUCUGCUCCAACCCACCGUGUGAGACCCACGAGACCGGAACCACCAACACAGCCACCACCUCCUCUGCUACAAUCGGAGCAGGACAGGUCUGCUCCAACCCACCGUGUGAGACCCACGAAACAGGGACAACUAACACAGCCACCACAGCGUCGUCCAACAUGGGCGGAGCCCYGCAGGUGUGUUCAAACCCACCCUGUGAAACCCACGUCACGGGCACCACCAACACCGCCACGCAGUCUUCAUCCAACAUGAACACGGGCGAGACGGGCACCGUGCAGAGCGUCUGCUCCAACCCGCCCUGUGAAACCCACGUMACGGGCACCACCAACACCGCCACGCAGUCUUCAUCCAACAUGAACACGGGCGAGACGGGCACCGUGCAGAGCGUCUGCUCCAACCCGCCCUGUGAAACCCACGUMACGGGCACCACCAACACCGCCACGCAGUCUUCAUCCAACAUGAACACGGGCGAGACGGGCACCGUGCAGAGCGUCUGCUCCAACCCGCCCUGUGAAACCCACGUMACGGGCACCACCAACACCGCCACGCAGUCUUCAUCCAACAUGAACACGGGCGAGACGGGCACCGUGCAGAGCGUCUGCUCCAACCCGCCCUGUGAAACCCACGUMACGGGCACCACCAACACCGCCACGCAGUCUUCAUCCAACAUGAACACGGGCGAGACGGGCACCGUGCAGAGCGUCUGCUCCAACCCGCCCUGCGAAACCCACGAAACGGGGACCACCAACACUCCGUCCACGGCCACCUCCAGCAUGGGAGGAGAUCAGACCAGCACAGCAGCAGGCCUGGUCCAGAGGGUGUGCUCCAACCCACCGUGUGAAACACACGAGACUGGGACCACCAACACUGCCACCACUGCUACCUGCAGCAUGGAGACUGGUGAAGGAACAGCUGCCCAGCAGACAGAAGAAGAAGCAGAAGGAACCAGCAGUACAGAAGUAGCUUCUACCACUGCAGCAGCUGGCGUGGCUGCCACCACUCAAGGCCGAGCCAUCACUACUGUCACUCAGUCCACACCGGCCCCGGGGCCCUCCGUUCCUUCGAUUUCCUCGAUCACAGAGGGGGUGAGCACCGCCGCCAGCUCCACAGAAGAACCGAUGCAGACUGAUGAGGCUGCAGCUGCAGCAGCUGAAGCUGAAGCUGUACCUGCUGAGGAGCCAGCAGCAGCUAUGGAGACACAAGCUGAGGGAGAGGCGGCAGCUGCAACAACCUUGAACCUGCCUUCAGAGCUGAUGUCUGAGGGUCAGGGAGCCACUCUGAUGGUGACCGGUCUGUCUGAUGAAGAACUGGCUGUGACUGCUGCAGCUGAAGCUGCUGCUCAGGCAGCUGCCACUGAAGAAGCCCAGGCCCUCGCCAUCCAGGCUGUUCUCCAAGCAGCUCAGCAGGCUGUAAUGAAUGAAGGCGAAGCUGCUGGAGACCAGACCACCAGCAUCCCCAUCAUGCUGACCCAGCAGGAUCUCGCAGCGUUGGUCCAGCAGCAGCAGCAGCUGCAGGAGGCCCAGGCUGCAGCCCAGCAGGCCUCUGUGGAUACCAGCUUACCCACCGAGGGCCUCGCACCCGCCGACAGCCUCAACGACCCGUCUGUGGAAAGCAACGGUCACAAUGAAAUGGCUGCCUCAGUCACUAGUGCCGUGGUGUCCCUCCUACCACGCACCACCGCUGAGACUCUGGCUCCUUCGAGUACAUUUGCACCAUCUGUACCAGUACCAAGUCCAGCCAAACUGCAAGCAGCAGCCACUCUUGCAGAGGUUGCCAAUGGCAUCGAGGGAGAGAAGCAAGCCCCUCAGCCAGCUCCAGUGAAGCCUGCAGUUAAAAAGGAGAACCAGUGGUUUGAUGUUGGGAUUGUUAAAGUGACAAACAUGGUCGUCACUCACUUCUAUGUGCCAGCAGACGACUCCCAGGGAGACGACGACUCUGGCAUCAUACCAGACUACAGUCAGAUGAAGAAGAUGGAGCUGCAGCCCGGCACGGCUUACAAGUUCCGCGUCGCAGGAAUCAACGCUUGUGGUCGUGGGACUUUCUCCGAAAUUUCUGCUUUCAAGACUUGUCUACCAGGUUUUCCAGGGGCGCCUUGUGCCAUCAAAAUCAGCAAGAGCCCAGAUGGUGCCCACCUGACCUGGGAGCCCCCCUCUGUGACGUCAGGAAAAAUCAUUGAGUACUCCGUGUACCUGGCCAUCCAGAGCAACCAGACAACUGAGGCCAAGGCGUCAACCCCGGCCCAGCUGGCCUUCAUGCGGGUUUAUUGUGGACCCAACCCGUCUUGCUUGGUGCAGUCGUCCAGCCUCUCCAACGCUCACAUCGACUACACCACUAAGCCAGCCAUCAUCUUCCGCAUCGCUGCCCGCAACGAGAAGGGCUACGGUCCUGCCACCCAAGUUCGAUGGCUGCAGGAAUCUGGCAAAGAUGCUGCAUCUGCAAAGCUUGCUCCUAAAAGACCAGGCGCCUCCCCUGAUACUAAGCCUGGUCCAAAGAAAGCAAGAACAGACCAGUGAGGCUGCCCAGAGAACCCCCCUCCCAGUCUUUUGUCUUUUUUUUUUUGUCCACUGUCUUUUUUUUAUCAGGAAGACUGAGCUUCACUCAUCCUAAUCUCAUCCUCCACCCCCACGUCUCAGAUCAAGACUGCAACAAAGGCCGAACACCAACAUGAAGCCAAGCUGAAAGUCCGUCAGAGAUGUUUCUGUAGAUAAAACCCUUCUUUCCUCUCCUUGUUUUGUUGGUCGUAAUAUUUUUAGAGCAACACAAACCUAGAAGCACAUUAUCUUUUUUCAGUCCCCCCCUUCCAUAUUUUUAACAUCUUGUGUUUUUUGGCUUGUUUCAAGUAGUUGAACAGUAUCUAGAAGCAUUUACACUUUCCACAAACUGGGAGCCUGCCUGAGCGCAAUGUUACCCUUUUUUUUUCCUGUUUUGUGAAUUCUGGGGGGGAUGUAGAGAGAGACUACAUAAAAUGUUGUACAGUGUUGAAAAAUGGCUGUGGAGGCAUUAGUUUAGACGAGAGGAAAAAAAUCGGUAUGGAAAAAAAAAAUAAAGCACUUGUCCUCCACGAAGGAGGACAUCAUUUUCUUUAUUCCUUUCUUUUUCUUGUUUUUCUAUUUGGCUCAAAGUUGCUUCAUCAAGAACCAAGUCUGUACAGUCAUCGUACUGGACUCCAGUCUCCUCCUGCUAAUAUAAUCACUGUGCGCUUUUUACCCCCCGAGACGACGACGACUGGUGGCCGACACGUUGGGAGUGGACGAGGAAAGAAACGGCAAAGGAAAAGAUUUGUUGAGAAGGAAACGACGGACUUUGCUGGGACAGAGACUUUGCAUCACAUUUAAAAAAACAAAAAAAUACAAAAACAAGAACAUAAAAAAUAUUCCAAAAACCUUCCCAAAAAAUUAGCUGGUGCAGAAAAUCUUUUGUGUAGUUUAUUUUUGUAUUUUUAAGCAUCUUUUUUGUUUUGUUUUCCCCCUCCCCUUCUGUGUGUAUCUGUAUGUUGUGUGCAUUUUAAAAGAAAUCAUCACUUUUUUUAAAACUGUUGAUCCCUGUAGUUUGUGUUCGCGGGGAAGAAGAGAGGUGGCCGUGUUUGAGAUGGCCGCCGCGUUUCGUUUUGUUUUUUUAAAUUGACCCGGUUGGUUGUAUGUUCUCGUUAUCAAAUGGCAACGGACAGACCUGUAUUUGUUCCAAGCAGAACCGCAGAGGUUAUAGGACUGAAGGGAACCUGAAGUGGACCCAGGGAGAGGAGAGGGUUUUUUGUUUUUGGUCAUUCUAUUUGUUCAAACUUUGUUUACUUUACUUUGUGUUUGUUUGCCAAACAUAAUUUCCCUCGGGGUACGAGGAAAGUCAUGACAAGAUCUUUUCACUCUUCCUCCUCACGUCCACCCCCCCCCAAUGAGUUCUAUGCUUUUUAUGCUCGUAAAUCUUUUUUUUAACUGCAAAAUUAUAUUAGUAGACUUAUCCCCUCUUCCUAYUGAUGUAUGGAAAUCCAUUUAUUAAAUCUUCUUCCCUUUUUUUUCCUCACAGCUCUGUAAUUCAGACUACAGAUGGUGUGUAAGCUAACUGUGACAUGUGAACACGUUUGUCUUUGAAUGGGGAUGUCUGGGAAGGAGGCCGGAGUGUACUCACUUGUAAAUUAGUUCGUUCAUAGAGCAAGAAUAAAACAAACAAAAAAACUACCAAAAAAAAAACCAAACAUCUCGGCCUUUUAUAUAAUUACUUGUAACAAACAGUUUUUACAUGUUGGUCAUCUCUGGAUUGCCUUUUGUGUCUUUACUUAUAAAAGAAUCAAAUAUAUAUAUGAAUAUAUAUAGUCUCCCUGAUUGUUUUGAUUUGCUUUUGUCGAGCUGAUUCACUGUAGGAGUCUGAAUUUACUGCGAGGUUCUUCUGUACAGGGAGGUCUGUAAGGGCAGGUUUGAGUUGCGAUGGGGGGAAACGGCCAGGAAGAGCCGAGGCGAGGCGGGGUUUUCUUUUCUUUUAUUUUAUUUUCUUCUGCUUGUUUCUCCGGCUCGCGACCCCCUUGGGUUCAGUUUGGGAUUUCUCCWGAUUUCUUUCUAGAAACCAACUUUUUCUCUUCAUAUGCAUUCAUAAUUUUGUGCGUGUCAGUGCGUCUGUUGAACAAAACUAGACAUGCAUGCAAAAGCAGUGUAUUUUAGUAGUGAUGCCUUAAGUUAGACCAUAAGCUGAAGGUUCUCAAGAAAAAAAAAAAACAGAAAAAAAGAGGAAAAAAAAACAUUUAAUGAGUUUGUUCUUCUCUCCAUGUGGUAUACAGUUGUGUCCUUUCCUUCCACAGUACCUUUGCUGGGUCACUAUUUUUGCACCCUUGUUAGAUAGGUCACCAUCAGCAGUGCCGAGGUCUGAACCCCCUCCCCCCCACACACACACCGGGACGAGUGCCCCCCCUUCAGCACUCGCAGGUGUUGCGAGGAGUUUCUCUCGGCUGUUCGCAGGUUAUCUGGAAAUGUCCUGUAUUUUCCAAUGUGUGUUUUUUGUACUGUAGGGAGUAAUGUAUCUUUUAUCAUCAAAAAAACAAAACAAAAAUAAACAUGUUAAACAGAAA